AGCACACAUUAAUUCUUCAUGUCCAUAUCCAUCAAACGAAAGAAACAGUGCCAAUAGCUCCAUUUAGUCCCGCAUGGGACGGUCGGGUUGCCCCGCUUUCUGUGCGUUUCGGCUUCUGGUACUGCACUUCCUGGAUUUUAGCGAGCCAUUCCGCGCACACAUGUCCCAUCGAUGCUACAUGGUUUGUGGGUGUGUGGUAUCUAGUGGAGAAGAACAAGAGCCUGUACAUAAUACCUACUAUUCGCACACAUGUAUCCUUUAUCAAUUUAAAGCUUUAUCUAGGAGAGACAUCGUUGCGCUUUGAUUUGCCUUACAGGAGAUGGUUCGGGACGGCGGCAUUCAAGUUCGAUUCAAACAGGUGGAAUACAGUAGGUGUCGGGUGGAGUUGGGAGGAGGAAGGUAUCACGACAGCACGGGCUGCUAUCUAUCCUUCUAAUUAGUAGCGGACCUGUGCCAUAUAUGGACUCUGUCUUAUUAUAUAGCCUUAUUUAUGUAAAAUAGGCUACCACGUUUUAUUGUCUCCUCCAGGACAGUAAAAUUGUGAUAUUCAAACGGCGAAUCUUUAUUAGCUUGGAGACCAUUGACACACAGGUGGGAGAUACCCGUUUCUUAGGACGGCCCCUCUUUCAGUUCCUCAGAGCAGGAUAUGAGCUACUGACAUUUGUUAUUACCCUUUGGGACAGGAGGCGAACGGUUUCUGCUAACAGGUGUGAGAGAGAGCACACCAAUCUUCAUAGCCUGAUACGGAAUCCUUCCUCAUUGUUCGCAGGAAUAUCAAUCUAAGUCAUAUGUUGAUCCCUUUCUAGCCAAGAGAGAUACAUUUAACGGUUCAUUGAAACAUACAUAGAAUAAAAUAGUAUAUUAUUAUAUAUUUUUAAGACCCAGUCCUCCUAUUUAAAAGGACACGGGACAUCAGAGAGAAACCAUGUCAAUGAGAAAACCCAGCUUGAAUUUACCCAAAAUGAGCAGAAACUCGGUGGUGUUGGAAGGAGAGAUGUUCGGCGAAUUUCAGGACUGGUGUCUCCGUACUUACGGGGACUCGGGUAAAACAAAGACAGUCACCCGGAGAAAAUACAAUAAGAUUCUCCAGACCCUUUUACACACCGACGACUCGGACGCCGUCUACAUCGAGAGCAACCACAUCAAUGCCAAAUUCAAAUUCUGGGUGAAAUCCAAAGGGUUCCAGGUCGGGACCAUUCAAGGGGACCUGAACAAGAAUGGAGCCACUGACAUACCUGUCCUGUACGUCCCCAUCAAGGUGACGUGUGUGGACGGGAGCUCUGGGUCGGAAUCCUCUCUGAAGAGGGUGGCGGUGGUGGAGGACUUCUUUGACAUCAUCUAUGCCAUGCACGUAGAGAUCAGCACCGACCCCGGCAAAGCACCCAAACACGCCGGACAGAAGAAGACCUACAAAGCGAUAGCGGAGACGUAUGCCUUUCUGCCCAGGGAGCAGUGA